CACGAGGGAAUCAAAUGUUCUCCCUACGAAGCAAUGUUUGGUUGUCCAAUGAAAAUGGGCCUUGCAACUUCAGCAAUCCCUAAUGAUAUGAUUAGAGUUAUAAGAUCUGAAGAUGAUUUAGAGAAGUUGUUGCAUUCACAUGACAAUGUGGAACAAAAUAAUGACAUCGAAAAUGCAAUCGAACAGGACAAGGAAGAAAGCAUUGUUGAAAAUGAGUCAGAACGGGAUAUAUAGACAAUAGCAUUAUCAACGAUAAAACACAAGAAGAUGAAAUGAUUAUUACUGAGUAAAUGAAGGCAAAGCAAAUAACUGAUGAUUCCAAUGUAACAAUUCAGAGAGAUACCGAUUCAGAGACAGAAAACAUGAUUGAGUCUCAGGAAGUUCUUGUAACUAUAGAGCCAAUACCAAAAAAGAUAGAAUCUGUAGUGACCAUAAGAAACAACGCAAAAUUGAAUUUGGAAAAACAAGCUGAAAAAAUGAAAGCCACGUCUGUUGAUAAAUAUCCAAAUGUGAAAAUUGGCCAAAAUGUAAGACUGAAAAUACCUAAAAUUGACAAAGCUAAAACUGACCCGAAAAACAUUAUUGCAGUUGUAGUAGAUGUAAAGGACAAUGAGUUUUACCAACUAGGUACCAAAAUUGGAGUACUAAAGCAGCUUUAUACACAAAAUCAAUUUACUUCAUGCCCUGAAGACUUUAUCAAGAUAGAAGAAGUUGUUAAAGGUAAAGAAGUGAGUCUUCGAGAAGUUGUCGCAAAAUUGUCUUUGACUGGAGGACAAGGUUUCAAGAAGUGCAACUGCUUAAAAAAAUGCCUAACGAAGAAGUGCGCUUGCAAGUCAUCAGGAUUACUUUAUAAUUCUAAAUGCCAUGAUAGCUCUCCAUGUUGUAACAAGUAAAAUCCUUUUUUUACUUUUUAUUAAAUGACAAUGAAUACCAAAUGAUUAGAAAAAAUACUGUGAUUAUUGAUUAGCUUAGCCCGGUAGGCUAUUAUAUUAUUUUUUACAAGAUAAUUUAAUUUUUGUUACGUUAAAAAGUAUUUUUAAACUGUUUCACUAGUUAUUAAUAAAUAGGACUUAGUAAGUUUAUAAUAAUUGCAAUAAAUGAUUAUUAAAAUACUCAUAGUUUUAUUUCCAAAACCAACAUUUACUAAUCGUCUUUAGUAAAACCUAGCAUGUACCAAAUUCUAAUGGUAAAAGCCUGGAAAAUUAUCUUACUUUAUAAAAAUCCUUACAUGUUGGUAAAUCCGAAGAUUUACUAGUAAAACCUAGGAUUUACCAAUA